AUGGAUAAUCCGUUCGCUGAUCCUUCGGUCGUAGAAGCUCAACGAGCAGCGGCUCAGGCCCCUGCUGUUGAAGACAAUCCUUUUGCGGACGAUGUCGCUCCGAGCGCGCCAACCCAGAGCGCCGCUCCGACCGGACAGAUGACCUCGAUUCCGAUCGCCGAAUCGGCGCCGAAAGUUCCGAAACCAAAGGGGAUUUCCGAUCUUCCAGGACACGAGGAUUUGAUGAAGAGACAACAAGAACUCGAGCAGAAGGAGAAAGAGCUGGAAAGAAGGGAGCGCAAUUUACAGACCGGCGGAACCGUCCAGCCUAACAACUGGCCUCCCCUGCCGUCCUGGUUUCCAGUAAAACCGUGUUUUUACCACGACAUCAGUCUCGAAAUCCCGCUCGAUUUCCAAAAGACGGUGCGUUACUUGUACUACCUCUGGAUGACCUACGUCCUCUGUCUUUUCCUCAAUGUUCUUGGAAAUAUGACCUUCUGGAUCGCAGAAAGCAAAAGCGAAACGGCCGACAGCGAAAGUGGACCCAAGAACUUUGGCUUGUCAGUCCUCUGGCUCGGGCUUUAUUCUCCCUGCUCCAUGUGCUGGUACAUUCCCGCUUACAGAGCGUUCAAGAGCGAUUCUUCAUUCAAUUUCUUCAUUUUCUUCUUCAUCUUUUUCUUCCAGAUUUGCUGGCUUUUAUUGAUGGUUAUUGGUAUCAAAGGAAUGGGCUACUGCGGCUGGGUAGUUUCGAUCGCCGCAAUCAAAGAAGACGUCGCUUCUGGCAUCAUUUCCAUGAUUUCUUCCAUCGCUUUCACGAUCUGCCUGUGUUUCGCUCUGAUAAUGCUUCGAAAAGUGCACGAAAUCUACCGUGCAACAGGCGCUACCUUCGGCAAGGCGAUGACAGAAGGACAGAGCUCGAUCGGCACGACGCUUUGGUCGAAUGAAACUGUCAGGAACGCGGCCACCAGCGCUGCUACUCAGGCUGCACAGCACAGCGCGCAGAGCGCGUUCGGCAGAAAUCCCUGA